UCAUGCCCUUUACUGGAGAAAACAUUUUUUGUACCUGUUUUACAUAGUGUUUUUUGCCCCCUCCUUCUUUGUGGUUUCUGUUAAUCACUCAAGGUUUAGACCCAGUGUGCCUGGUGGGCUGUGCCCAGGUUCAGAGCCAUGCGGAUCCGUGGGUGAAGCCUGAGGCAGUAAUGGAGCCAUUGCAGCAGCAGCCGCCGCAGAAGCAGCCGCACUUGGCUCCUCUGCAGAUGGAUGCCAGAGAGAAGCAGGGGCAGCAGAUGAGAGAAGCCCCGUUCUUGUAUGCCCAGAAGCUGGUCACACAGCCCACUCUCCUUUCUCCUACACCUGGGAGGCCUUCUAGUGGCCCUGCACUGGGUCCUUUAGCCAGAGUUCCACCGGCCACAGCAGUGGGCCGAGUUUUUGAACCAGGCAAUGUGAACUCAGAGCCUGAGGAAGAGGAAGGAGGUUUGGAAGAUAACAAUGGGGGUGAUGAAGUUGCAAAGGUGACUGAAAAAGGAAUGCAGGCUGCUUCAAAAUAUUUUCAUGGGCAGAAAGCAACUUGCCAAGAACCCCGAGCAGCACCCAUGUCAAAUCUACUGCCAGCACCAGGGCUUCCGCUGCAUGGACAACAAGCUAAAGAAGACCAUACCAAAGAUGCCUCCAAGGCCCCACCUUCCAUCUCCACAGCAGGGCAGCCAAGCUGGAAUCUGGAUGAGCAGCUCAAGCAGAAUGGUGGUUUGGCCUGGAGUGAUGAUGCAGAUGGAGGCCGAGGAAGAGAGAUCUCUCGAGAUUUUGCCAAGCUGUAUGAAUUGGAUGGUGAUCCUGAAAGGAAAGAAUUCCUGGAUGACCUCUUCAUCUUUAUGCAGAAGAGGGGGACCCCCAUCAACCGAAUCCCCAUUAUGGCCAAGCAGAUCCUGGACCUGUACAUGCUGUAUAAGCUGGUGACCGAGAAGGGGGGCUUGGUGGAGAUCAUCAACAAGAAGAUCUGGAGGGAGAUCACCAAAGGCCUGAACCUGCCCACGUCCAUCACCAGUGCCGCCUUCACCCUCAGGACCCAGUACAUGAAAUAUCUAUAUGCCUAUGAGUGUGAGAAGAAAGCCCUGAGCUCCCCAGCUGAGCUCCAGGCAGCCAUUGAUGGUAACCGGAGGGAGGGCCGGCGGCCCAGCUACAGCUCUGCCCUGUUUGGCUACUCACCUGCUGCUGCUGCUGCCACUGCCGCCGCUGCCGGGGCUCCCCCACUCCUCUCCCCACCCAAAAUCCGCUUCCCCAUCCUUGGGCUUGGCUCAAGCAGUGGCACCAAUACUAGCAGCCCUCGGAUACCCCCAGCAACCACUCUCAGGAAAGGUCAGCAGGGUCCUUGGGGGAGGAAGGGAAGAAAGAAGCCCUGUGUCCAGGAUUGGAGUUUUUGGGUGAGAGGGUUGACUGUGGAUUGGUCUAGCUUCAGUUCCUUUGCAGGUGAUGGAGUCCCCAUGGCAACAGUGCCUAUGCCAAAUCGCUUGGCUGUGCCUGUGACCUUGUCAGGCCAGCAGGCCAGUACCCGGACUGCCACAUUGGAGCAGCUGCGGGAACGGCUGGAGGCAGGGGAGCCUCCUGAGAAGAAGGCAUCAAGAUUGUCCGAGGAGGAGCAGCGCUUGGUCCAGCAGGCUUUCCAGCGCAACUUCUUCAGCAUGGCACGGCAGCUGCCCAUGAAGAUCAGGAUCAACGGCAGGGAAGACAGAGCAGAGGCCACAGCUGCAGCAUUGAACCUGACCACGAGCAGCAUUGGGAGCAUUAACAUGUCUGUGGACAUCGACGGCACCACUUACGCAGGUGUGCUGUUUGCCCAGAAACCUGUAGUCCACCUCAUCGCCGGGUCUGCUCCUCAGAGCCUCGGAAGCAGCGCCAGCAGCAGCAGCAGCUCUCACUGCUCACCUAGUCCUACCUCAUCCCGAGGCACCCCCAGCACAGAGCCCUCCACCAGCUGGUCCCUCUGACAGGCAGGACCCAGCUUUCUACUCCCCACUCUCCUGCUGAGAGUGAAGGAAGUUGAUGCACAGAAUUUACCUCAUCUCAUGGACCCCACGUUGAACACCAUCUGGCCAGACAUUGAGAGUUUGGGCGUGUCUGUCUGUCUAGGUCCUGCUGUACUCUGGAAGCAGAGAGAGCUGGAGGGGCAGGACAGGGCAGCGUUGUCCAAUCAGGGAUUGUCCUGGAGAACUGGGUGGUGUAUGUGGGUGUCCAGCUUUCCUCCAGGGUUCCCCGGCCACCUCCCAUCUUGGGGCACAGUGUAUCGACAAUCUGUAAGCCGACACAGGGCUGGAGGCCCUCCUUUCCCUUCCCCUUUAAUUUAUUUCCCUUCCCCUGCCUUCUGCCAUGACUCCAAAGUCACUAGUCUCUUCCCCUGCUCAGUGCCCUACUUUUUAAGUCCCAUGUGGGGCUGUUAGGACCUUCAUGGCCCUUCUCUGCUGAGCAUGGGAUGGGGCCCUCCCAGCCCACCUUGCCUAUUGUUUGGUUUCUGGGGUGUGGGUACCUCAAGUUCAGGUGUAGAAUCAGUCCUCAUUCCCUUUUAAUGGUCCCAAGAAUGAGCACAUAUACACUGAGGGUGGCGAGUUUGAACCG